GAUGCUCACAGCCAUGAUGCUCGCAGGCUUCUUCUUCCUGCUCUUCCUCUCAGCAGACGGGAUGCACUCUGAGCAGAACUGCAGUUAUCAGGAUGUUUUAAACCACUUAAAAAUGACCAAAACCAACGAGCUGUACUCCAUGACCCGACCCGUUAAAAACCACAAACGCUCCACGCGGGUGGCGCUGGAGGUUCUGCUCUUUGCCAUCCUCGAUGUGGUUGAGAAAGACCAGAAAUUCAUUCCUUACGUUUGGACCGUCAUGAGGUGGCACAACGAGUACAUUUCCUGGGACCCAAAUCAGUUCUGUGGAAUCGAUAAUGUUUCUCUUCCGGCUGAGACUCUGUGGAAACCAGAUCUCACUAUUGAGGAAAUGAUCGAGAAGGACAAAGCUCCUGCCACUCUUUACAUCACCAUGAACGAUAAAGGUUUUGUUGAGUACCACAAUGACCUGGUGCUGGUCAGCACCUGCAGGAUGCGCGUUUACAAAUUCCCCUUCGACAUUCAGAAGUGCAACCUCUCCUUCAAAUCCUUCACAUUCACCAUCAAGGACAUUCGACUCCAGGCCAGUGACAACUCUUCAGAGGCCACAGAGUGGUCUCGUGACCUGAUGAGGACUCAGUACGAGUGGCUCUUCAUCAAUCUGACUGUCACCGCCAUCAACGGCACUGAAUUAGUCGACCAAGACAUCAUCGUUUACACCAUCACCAUGAAGAGGAGGUCGGCCCUCUACAUCGUCAACUUCUUGGUGCCCGUCCUCUUCUUCUUGUGUCUGGACUUGAGCUCCUUCAUGAUUUCAGACGCCGGCAACGAGAAGCUCAGCUUCAAAGUCACUGUGCUGCUCGCCCUCACAGUGCUACAACUUAUCCUUAAUGAAAUCCUGCCUGCCUCAUCAAACAUGAUCCCACUUAUAGUGAUCUACUGCAUUGGGAUCUUUGCUCUGAUGCUGCUCAGCCUGGUGGAGACCAUUUUUGUGAUGUAUCUGAUGGAGAAAGACGCUGCAUCCCAAGACAAGGAGACAGACCAAGACGGCAGCCUGAGAGAGGACUGUAUCAAACACUGCAAAGCCAACUUCAACAGCUGCCAUGAAGAUGUGCAGAAAUGGACUCAGGCUACAUUUAUCUACAACGUGUCUGGCGGUGAAACCCCACCUGAGCAGGUACCUGCAGCCAAACAGGUUAGAAUGAAGCUGCAUUUUAACUGA